GGGCCCUGGCACUGAAGGCGGCGGGCCAGCGCUGUCCUGGCCUGGGCUCAGGCCUCGGAGCCGCAGGUGGAAGGAGGAAGCCCUGGAGGAGCGGCUGAGAGGUGGCCAAGUGAAAGGUGGUUUGGACACGCUGGGCAUGGCUAUUUAGUGUUUGUCUGUGGUAACCAUUUCAUGCCCUGAAUCCUGCACCUUCCCUUCUGUGCCUGUGAGCUCUCCUGCGCUUCCUCCCUAGCCAGAGAGUUCUUCUGUGGUGGUGAGGCCUUCCUGGCCCCUUGAUCCUGGCCGGCCAUGGGGAGCACCCUGGGCUGCCACCGCUCCAUCCCCCGGGACCCCUCGGACCUGUCCCAUAGCCGCAAGUUCAGCGCGGCCUGCAACUUCAGCAACAUCCUGGUGAAUCAGGAGCGGCUCAAUAUCAACACGGCCACGGAGGAGGAGCUGAUGACCCUGCCUGGGGUGACACGUGCGGUGGCACGCAGCAUCGUGGAGUACCGCGAGUACAUCGGUGGCUUCAAGAAGGUGGAGGACCUGGCACUGGUCAGUGGCGUGGGUGCCACCAAGCUGGAGCAGGUCAAGUUUGAGAUCUGCGUGAGCAGCAAGGGCAGCUCAGCGCAGCACUCUCCCAGCUCCCUGAGGCGGGACCUGCUGGCAGAGCAGCAGCCUCACCACCUGGCCACCGCCGUGCCUCUCACCCCGCGCGUCAACAUCAACACAGCCACCCCGGCUCAGCUCAUGAGCGUGCGCGGCCUCACGGAGAAGAUGGCCGUCAGCAUCGUGGACUACCGCCGCGAGCACGGGCCCUUCCGAAGCGUCGAGGACCUGGUGAGGAUGGGCGGGGUCAAUGCCGCCUUCCUGGACAGGAUACGGCACCAGGUGUUUGCCGAGAGGUCCAGGCCCCCGUCCACCCACACCAACGGGGGCCUGACCUUCACCGCCAAGCCUCACCCCAGCCCCACCUCGCUGAGCUUGCAGAGUGAGGACCUGGACCUGCCCCCAGGGGGGCCUACACAGAUCAUCUCCACUCGGCCUUCGGUGGAGGCCUUCGGAGGCACAAGGGAUGGGCGGCCCGUGCUGAGGCUGGCCACCUGGAACUUGCAGGGCUGUUCAGUGGAGAAGGCCAACAACCCUGGGGUGCGAGAGGUGGUGUGCAUGACGCUCCUGGAAAACAGGCUUUUUCUACAGAGAGGGAAAAUGGUCACUAUUUCUACCAAAUGCCCUUCAACUCAGAGAAGAAAAAGUAUUUGUUUUUACAGUUUAAAUGCUGGAGAAAGCUGCGUGAGAGUUCCUGGAGUGACAGUCUGCUGGACAAGAGGAACGGCCUUCUGGCCGGGCCACGGCAAGUACACACCAGCAGUUAGGGACUGGGAUUUGUUUCCCUUGAACUUCUCUCCUUCCAGCUUGCCAGUCCUUGGUUUUCUCCUGAAAUGCCAGCAGUGACCUGAAACCUCCUACCCGCCCCCCGCCAAGGCAGCGGCUCCACUUUGCCAAGUUCUCUGCUUGCCCUUGGCUACAAGUAAUGGUGACACAUGAGUCUGUCUGCCCUUUAGAAUUGUAGUGCCCUUUAGCAUUGCCAUGGAAAGGUGUGAUUCAGAGGGACCACUGUGAAAGCUACUCAACUUCGACUGUCCCUGACUUAUUGUUAAGCACCACAGCUACGGGCUCCCCUAUUGGCCUGCGUUUCCCCUCCCAUAACAGGCAUUCUGUUGUCAUUGCCUGUGUGAUGCCCUCUGUACUCCCAGACUGUACAUACAGCCUAGUUUCAGCACCCUAACACUACACUCAGGAAUUUGUGGAAAGGAGAAACGACCCCUGACAUCUAUUGACUAUUUACUUUGCCCCAUGUGCUGUUGCUCAGCCUUUUAUAUUCAUUAACUAACUUAAUGUUUGCACCAUCCCAGUGAGGCUGGCAAAGUAUUCCCACCUUACGCAUAAGGAAACUUAAAUAAUUUAAGUAAACUUGUCCAAGUCACAUGGUUGGUGAGUGUAGAGCAGAAGUUCAAAGCUGGGCAGAAUUACUCAGAGCCCAAACACUUUUAUAUUCAGAGGCAGAGAAUCCAUAAACCUGGAGAUGGAACCAGGAGGUUAAGGAAGGGGACAGUUCUUUCCUAGUCUUUUAUAUCUAGAAAGUGUGAGAGACAAUUUUAAAAGGGAGGUGCUCCCUGGCACAGGGCCCAGCUGGUGCUUGAGGAAGUCAUCCAAUUCUAUCAUCCAGUGAGGUCAGGAAUGCAGGGCUUUGGGGACACAGGAUUUUUUAAAAAGUGAGAUAUAAUUUCCAUACCACAUAGUUCACCCCUUUAAAAUGUACAAUUCAGCGGUUUUUAGUGUAUUCACAAAGCUGCACAACCCUCACCACUCUUCCAGAACAUUUUCAUCACCCACAAGGAUACUCCAUACCCAUUAGUAGUCACUGCCCUCCUCCCAGCCCCAGGCAACCACUGAUCUAUUUUCUGUCUCUGUGGAUUUGCCUGUCCUGGACAUUUCCUAUAAAUGAAAUUAUGUAAUAUAUGGCAUUUUGUGUCUGGCUUUUUUUACUUAGGUUCAUCCAUGUUGUAGCACGUAUAUUUCUUUUUUAUGGCUGAAUAAUAUUCCAUUAUAUGGAUAUACCUCACUGAUGGACAUUUGGGUUAUUUUUACUUUUUGGCUAUUGUGAAUAAUGCUGCUAUGAACUUUCAUGUACAAGUUUUUGUAUGACAUACCUUUUCAUAUCACUUGGGUGUAUACCUAAGAGUGGAGUUGCUGAGUCAUAUGGUAAUUCUAUGUUUAACACUUUGAGGAACUGCCAGAUUGUUUUCCAGAAUGGCUGCACCGUUUUACAUUCCCACCAGUGAUAUAUGAGGGCUCCUAUUUUCUGCACAUCCUCUCCAACGCUUGUUGUCGUUUCUUUUUUUAUUUUAGCCAUACUAACGGGCAUGAAGUGGUAUCUCAUUAGGGGUUUUAGUUGCAUUUCCCUAAUGACUAUUAGUGAUACUGGGCGUCUUCUCAGGUGUUUACUGGCCAUUUGUAUGUCUUCUUUGGAGAACUGUCUGCAUAGCGCUGGGUGGCCUGUUCUCACACCUGUUUCCAAGCUGAUAAAGUAUAUCUUUGUGCUGACUUCCUUUUCACUCCAUAUUCCUCUCUUCCUUGCCCCUUAGUCACAGGAUCAUUAUACCAGAGACUAACCUAGAAUAAUUGUUUUCUAAUAGGAAAAAAUGCCUGCCAUCCUACAGAAACAAACCCCCCAUCUGGAAAGGAACCUGCAGAAUUCCAUUUGGUGUGCUUCAUUACAUAUUCUGGCUGGAGCAGUCUGGCUGCACUGGACUUGUAACACUGUCCUUGAGAAGCACUUGGUGUCCUUUGAUUUUCACAUUUAAAUUAUGUGUUUUGGAUGGAACUUCAGCACUUUUUUACUUUUUUCCAAAGUCAAAAUGUAACGUUAUCCUAUGCCAGGAUUUGCAAUGAGAGGUAAUUUGGAGGUAGUUCGUGACAAUAUCUGCAAAUUCCAGAACCCUGGGCCAGGAAAGAACCUCCCACAGGACUCUGCCUAAGUCACCCCAGACAGAUGAACUGUGUAUAAUGUUUAUUUCCUUAUUCUUUUGAACCCAGCUGUAGAGCGUUGAAUCGUUAGACUUUAAGUUUAUGGCACUCUCUCAUCCAUCAGUGCUAGGCUCCACUUCUGUUUGGUUUUAUUUAAAAAUUGUCUUCUUCAUCCCCCUCCCAUAGAUUCCCAGUGCACAGUGUUAAAUAUAUGUCCUUAGACAUAUCUUUGAAAAAUAUAAUGGUUUCAUCUACAAAAAACCUUGUGUUUUUAUGGUUUCCAGCUAGUUCUUUGCUCCUGACUGCUGCUUAGUCAUUGGCCAUGUGCAAGGGUAGGCCAGUGUCCAUCCCCAGGUGAUGGCGAACGAGGCUGCCUCAGGCCUCCUGCUACCAGUGAGGCCACCAUGUCCUUCACAUACUUUUCUAGCCAUUUGGAUUUCUCCUCUGGGGGACACCUUUUCUCAGCUUUUGCCCAUUUUGUAAAAUUUAAAGUUCCUUUUUUUUUUUUUUUUUUUUCCCAGUUGUUUUGAAAUGUUCAUGCACAUUCUAGAUGCCAAUCCCCUUUUUGGUCUCAGAGAUUGCAGAGCUCUUCUCCCACUUUAUCACCCUCUGUUAACUUUGUGGUGCCCUGCACACAACAGAAAUUCUUAAUUUUGCUGUGGUUAAAUCUAUCAAUUCCCUUUUGGAUGCUGUUGAACAAAUCCAUCUCACCCCAAGUUCAUUCUUACAUUUUCCUCUUAGCUUCUUAGUUGCAUAGUUUUAUCUUUUGCAUUUAAGUUUUCACUCUAUCUGGAGUCUACCUUUGAGUAGGUAUGAGGUCGGGAUCCAGUUUUCUUUUUUUCAAUUUUUCUAGUCCCGUCCACAGACAACUUGUUCCUUCCCCACUGAUUUGUAUGCGCACUUUAUCAUCCUUUAUCAUAUGUGCAUGGCAAAUUUAAUGUGUGUCAACUCAUGCGUUCCGGUGCUGUAACCACACUGUUGUUAAUACCAUGGCAUCUGGUCAGGUAACUCUCCUUCCUUGUUUUUCUGCUUAAAAAUUCCCUAACCUGAGAGAAGGGGAGUGGCUGCCUCGACUCCGGCUUCCCCGGGGCGGUGGGUGCCUGCCCUUGACUGCAGGUGGCUGUGAGGUGAGCGCCCGGCCACUGGGCCUGGUGCAGGUGGGUGACGCCGUGGAGACCGCCUUCCCUGGGUCGGGGCCAAGGCCCUGAGGUGUGGCCGGGGCCUUCGUGGGAGGAGACAGUGCCCGGUGCCUGAUCCCCAUCUGGAAUGGACGGGUGGAUGUGGUGUGUGGGUGGAUGGGUGCCCUGGGAAGGGUGAGAGCGUCUGCCGGGCUGACCCCCCGGGUCAGGCUCUGAUUUGAGGGGCGGUGAAGAGCGCUCACUUUUUGUGCCGGCUCCUAUUGGUUUCUCCGCCGGUUGGGGCUUCAGCCCUCUUCCGCCGCCGCACAGGCGGGGCCGGGGUGGGGUCUGUCUCGUCCGCCCUCAUCCUGCGCAGCGGCUAGUGGCAGGCGCUCCACAACAGGAAGGAGAACAUGGGGAGCGGAGCGGGGCGGGGUCUGGAAAGAGCUUUGGAGCCAACUCUGCCAAGGUUCCAAACGUGGCCCCGCCCGUUAUUAGCCUGGUGGCCUGGGACAAGCUGCUUAACCAACAUUGAACUUUGGCUGCCUCAUUUGAUAGGGGCUGUCAUACUGCAACCUUGCUGGUCAGUCGAGAAGGUCAGAGGUCUAUAGAGCACCUAGCACUGGGCUGCACGUGGUAGGUGCUCAGUACGUAGGAGUUGUCAUCUGGGUGUUACCUGACAAGAAAGUUCUCCAGUUCAUUAAGCAUGUCCUGUGCCAGGCUGUGCCAGGUAUUGGAUGUCCAGAGAUGAAUGACGUAGCUCCGCCCUUGACAAGCUCACAGUUCAGGGUGAGAUAGUAGUAGGUAGGUAGGUAGACAAUAGCUAACCCUGAAGCUAAGAUCAAGGGUGUAAACUCAAGCUGUGGAGGAUGCAUCCCUUAGCCCAGGCUAGAGGUCCAAGGGAGGCUUUCUAGGAGAGAAGAAGCCUGAACUGAAUCUUGGAAGGUGAAUGAAGUUAGCUGAGGGAAUAAAAGGCAGAAGGGCAUUCCAGGUUGAGUGACUGGCAAGAGCAAAGCAUGGAGACAGGGAGCACAGUGAAUGCUGGGAAAAAAAAGUCUCUAACCAGACACGUUUUACAAUCAGUUUGAGUUUCUCAAAUAUCCUGUUGGAAUUUUGAUUGGAAAUGCAUUGACUUUAUACAUGAAGUUUGAGACAAUUUGACAUCAUUGAAAUGAUAAGUCACCUUUUCCUGGAAAAUCUACUUUUCUUCAUUUAUUUGUGCCUUUUGGAACUUUUAAUAAAGCUUAACUUAUUUUUCCAUGAAGGUCUUGUGCAUUCUCUGUUAGCUUAGAUUUUAGAUACUUUGAUUCCCUGUUUUUAAAAUCCCCAGAGAAUAAAGUUCCAAAGUUUUGCACUGUUACUCAUUCCAGUAUUUAACUGUUCUUAUUACCAUGAUACUCUUCCUUCACUUACUGUACAUCCCUUAUUUGUAGUUUAGGCCCAUUUUUCUAAGUCUUUCCUAGUAGAAGUGAAAACCAGCCAGUCAGAACCUCUCUGAGGCUCUCUCUGUAUGUUUGGAGACCUCAGUUCAAUCUCCUUCCACCUUAUAUUCUCACCCUGAAUAAUUUUAGUUCAUUUUGCCUUUCUCCACGAUUCAUAUUUUUCGAGCAUAAAUCAAUUCUUCUUUUUAAAUCUCAGAUUGCCCUUCUUGUAUGAGUAGGUAUACAAAUAUGAGCAGGCCCGGUGGAAGAACCAAAACAUGGCUGCUGGCUUUAAACAAAAAAAAAACUAAAAAAAAAAAAAAAAAAAGUAGUGACCAUAAGUUAUAAAUGUUUAAAUUUAAAAUUAAUUUUCUUUGUUCAGGGCAACCCUAGCAGUGAGUCAGACUUUAUUUUAUGUCAAAUUUGAGAUCAAAGAACUUGGAAUUAUCUAUUAUAGUUCAAACAUCAUUUAUUGAGUCCCAUUUUUGCAAAUCUUUUUUGCUUCUCACGUGUCCAUGGAUUCCUGUUUGACCACAGACAUAUGUCUGUACAUGCCUCCACCUACAGAGUGUCUGGGUAUGUGUGAGUUAUAAAUAUACCCAUCUUUUAAAAUAGAUCUUUAUCUUUACUGUUAAUUGCUUCUUUGCUUCUUCCACUUUCUCAGUGAGUAAGUCGAGUUGGGAAGACCUGUAUGCAGUUGGCUGUACGCUGCCUUCUAACUAAUUAUUUGCAGGCCCUCCUCCUUGGUUAGUUUCAGCCAAGCCCAGUGGUACUGGCAUCUGAUUUCACCUAAAAGCAACCCAGGUGAAAAUUAGAAGUUUCUUUUUCUUUAACCAGGUUUCCAAGUGGCCUGGUGGCUGCUCCCAUGUCCUUGGUCUUUUGCAUAGUGCUAGGCCAAACAAUGAAGUUUGUUUUUUGGCAUCCAAGUAGGGACCUUUAGUUUUGAUAUGAAACAUUUAAAACAUACAAAAAAUAUAAACAGUACUUGGGCCCUUUUCCCCCUCUUGUCAAUGCAUUUUACUUUCUGAGGACCCAGAGCCCUUAUAUUCCCACUGUCAUUCUUUUAGGUCCCUCCCACUUUACCCCUUCUGUGCUUAGAAAAUUUCUGUCCUUAUAAGACUUGAUGGGCAGCAGAGUCCACCACCCACUGGGGAAGCUGGAAAUGCAAAGGCUCACUUUCCCAGCAUCCUUUGCAGCUAGGGCCUGGGCUCUGCAGGUCAGUGUGUCCGUUCUAAUCUCUGAGUUGGGAGCCACUGGCACUAACAACUCAGGAACUAUGAAGAGUUCACUCUGAAUUUAUAAAAAUGUCAAGUCUCUAUGUUGUACACCUGAAACUAAUAUGAUGUUGUAAAUCAACUAUACUUCAGUUAAAAAAAAAGAAAUAUUUAAAUACAUCCACCCAAACUUCAAUUUAUAGGGACUUUAUAAAAAGAAGCAGAGGAAAAGAAAAAAGCUGUUACAAUUAAAAAAAAAAAAAAAAAACAACUCACUGUGGCCAUAGGGACAGUUUGCACAGGAUUGUGUGAGAGAGAGAGUAUGGCCGGUGACAGGGAGCGAUGUCCAGGGCUGCUUACUGUUAGCUGCACAGGCUGCUACAUCAAGGAUUUGGCAUUGAGACAGUGGGGUCCUUUCUACCAUAGUUCUGGGUCAUGUUUGCCUCUUGUUCCUGAUCGUCCAACCCUAGCUCCUUAAUAUCCUUUUAAUGCAAUACUUCUCUGCUUAAAUCAGCCAGUGUUGGUUUCUGUUUCUUGCAACUAAGAAUCUUAACUGGGGGCUUCCCUGGUGGCGCAGUGGUUAAGAAUAUGCCUGCCAAUGCAGGGAACACGGGUUCGAGCCCUGGUCCAGGAAGAUCCCACAUGCCACGGAGCAACUAAGCCCGUGCGCCACAACUACUGAGCCUGCUCUCUACAGCCCACGAGCCACAACUCCUGAGCCUGCGAGCCACAACUACUGAGCCGCAUGACACAACUACUGAAGCCCGCGCGCCUAGAGCCUGUGCUCCGCAACAAGAGAAGCCACCGCAAUGAGAAGCCCGUGCACUGCAGCGAAGAGCAGCCCCCGCUCACCACAACUAGAGAAAAAGCACGCGCACAGCAAGGAAGACCCAACACAGCCAAAAAUAAAUAAAUAAAAUAAAAUAAUAAAAUAAACAAAUUUUUUAAAAAAGAAUCUUAACUGAUACACUCUGAUA